AUGUCCGGCCUGAGAUACCCGCGCGUUGUCUCCUGCAUCAGUGGCCGCGGCGCCCGCGACGGCUCCUACCAGCUCUUCCUCGAGUUCGCCCCGGGAGGCUCACUAGCGGACCGGGCGGCGAGCAACGGGGGCCUCGACGAGCGCGCCGUCCGCGGGUACGCCACCGACAUGGCGGCUGGACUCGCGUACCUUCACAGGACCGGGAUGGUGCACGGGACGUCAAGGCGUGCAACAUCGUGA